AUGCAGCCGGUGAAACAUGUUAGGUCUACAAAGAAUCGGAUGGACACCAUCAACCAGACACAGUCGCAUUUUCUAGUGCCUACAGAGAAGUUGGAUAAGGUGACUAGGAGAGUCAUAGCUCCUUAUGCACAAAUCGAACGAAAAGGUCUGAAGGAGGAAGAUGAGAAAGCUGGAAGAUAUCUGGACAUGAACAGGUUCAACGUGUUCCUGGAGGACACGGUGGACCUGGAGUCACUUCUCUAUGAAACAGCUAUGGUGUUGAAGACCGUCACUGAUAGUACAGGAGUCUUUGUUUACAUCGUAGACAAGUUGAAGAACGAGAUAGUCUUGAUGCACCCGGACACGGAGAAUCCCGAUCGACAUGAAAUAAAUAUGACCAUACGUGAAGGCAAAACAGUAGCAGCACAUGUCGCGUACACAAAGGAGUUCCUACUUCUAGAAGAUGUGCAACGUGACCGACGGUUUUCUGACGGUCUUCGGUGGAUAGACGCCAAGGUGGCGCUCUGCAUGCCGGUCGUCAAACCGGACGGAGACUGCUACGCUGUGCUGGAGCUGUACAGAACUAACUCGAAGAUUUAUGACGAUAACGUAGUGUACACAGUAGUGAGCGUGGCCUGCUGGGCCGGCGCCGCGGUCCACCAGGCACAGGCGAGGGUCACCUUACAGAAGACAGCUCAUCUCAACGCUGAGCUGCGUGCCCUACUGCAGAACUACUUCUGUGACCUGGCUUCUAUUGAUACCAUGCUUACUGAUAUGUUGACGGUAGUAAAAUCGUUUAUCGGAGCGAUGCGCAGCAGUUUCUACAUUAUCGACAAGGACCACAUCAGUGAGUUGAUGCAGGCCGACAUGUGGGACGAUGGCUGGUCCAGUGAGAAGACCACUAUGCCCAAAAAGAAGCUCAAAGUCAAUUUAUCCCUAGAGCAGACUCCAGCCGGCUACGUGGCCCGCACUGGCGAGUCUAUCAACGUGAGGGAUGCCUACAAGGACCCUCGGUUUGCCAAAGAGAUAGACCCCACCACGGGCACCGUUGUCAGGUCCUGUCUCGUGUCUCCCAUCACGGACAAAACUGGAGUUAUUGGCGUGGUCCAGCUAACAAACAAGACGACUGCGCAGCCCUUCGACGUGGACGACGAGAAAGUGUUCGACGUGUUCGUCAGUUACUGCUCGCUCAUCGUCCACUUCUACAACAUGCAGCAGAAGAAGAUUUACCAUGAGAACUUGAACCGCGUGUUCUGUGAGCUGAUGAGUCUCCACAUGAAGCCAUGUCGCCACGACAUGGACGAACUCCUCGAGUCUUGCACCGUCGUCAUGGCACCUAACAAUUUCAGAAGUUUCGACUACCACAUAAGUGAAGGCAGCAAGGAAGACAUGCCAAGUCUCGUCUGGAUAAUGUUCUCCGAGACGUUCACGAACAGGAACUUCGACAAGAUAGCAAUGGCGGACUUCCUGCUAUCUGUACUCUGCAGUUACCGGGAGAACCCCUACCAUAACGCUGAGCACGCCUUCUGUUUCACACACACCAUGUAUCUCAUACUGUUGAAUAACCCUGGAUACUUCGAUUUUAUUGAGACGAUAUCGUUGAUGCUGGCGGGCCUGUGCCACGACCUGGACCACCCUGGGUUCAACAACAACUUCCUCACGCUCUGCAAGCAUCCGCUCGCCAGCAUGUACAGGACAUCCACGCUCGAGAACCAUCACUACUUCCUCGCCAAGAAGAUUAUUGAGGACAAAAAGAUCCUAAGCAGAAUGACUCCGAGCGACCAGCACCGAAUAAUGGAGGAGAUAAAGUACAACAUCCUGUGCACGGACCUGGCCAUCUACUUCCAGAUCAGGGCGCAGCUCACGCCGCUACUGGCAGAGAGAAUCUUCGACUGGACUGACAACUCACAUCGACGGAUGCUCAAGGGUAUACUUAUGACAACGAGUGACCUGUCUGGAAGCUGCAAACCAUUCGGCAUAUCGAAGGCGAUAGCGGAGUCCGUGUAUGAAGAAUUUUAUGAACAGGGAGACCGCGAGCGUGCGAUGGGCUACACCCCGCUGAGUAUGAUGGACCGGCGCCGCAGCAUCAACCAGCCGGCGGAACAGAUCCAGUUCCUGUCAGUGGUGGUGCUGCCCUGUCUACUCAUGUUGCAGAAUGUCUUCCCCAACACCAGCCCGCUCACUGACAACUGCAGGAAAACGCAAGAAGCAUGGCAUGAAGAGAUAGAAAUCCGCGGUCAGAAGCUGUGGCGGCAGGAAGAAUCUCUACCCAACGGCGGGAACAGUCGCUUUCUCGCCGGGGAAACCAAGUCCGACACACACGAACCUAGCGCUAAUUAA